AAAUGUCUGGUUGAUUUCCUUUAAUGGUGUCACACAAACUCGACGUGUUGUUGUAAAAUGUCGAUUUAUUCAUGCUUUAAUUAAUAUUUGUUCUUCUUAUGUCAUAAGCAAUUUAUCUUACAUUGAAAAUUAUAUAGUUGUAAAAGUAAAAAUAUUUACUCUUAAUAAUCACAACUCUUUCAAGAAGGUUUUAAUCUGGCCGUUACUUAUAAUAAUUAUUUCUUUCUUUGCAUUUUGUGCACUUGAUCAUUCCUCUGAUGAUCGUCCCUUUGGAAAACAAGUUUACGUUGAAAAGUACAUGCCAAUUCCUAAAGAUUACAAACCUGUCACUCCCGUUGUUCUUCCAGAAGAAGAUUAUACUUAUGAUAAGAUUUAUUCUCAUUUUCGUGGGGUUUUGGAUUGUCGAUUUAUUAGUAUUGAACAUUCACAACAAAAAUAUCCAUACGAAAUAUUUAAGGAAUCGGCAAAUCCUGUUUCCUAUGUUCACGUUCUAUUGAUUUUACGA